AUGGUAUACACUAUUGUUUGUCACCUAUACGCCAAGGAUGGCGAGGACAUUGAAGAGAAGAUCCGCAGCAAGCUCGUCGAGGCCUCGAACGUGUACGUGAAGGACGCGGGAACUCUAAACUGGCACGUCAUGCAAGAUCACACAGAUCCCCGCAAAUGGACAAUUGUUGAGCGCUACGAGAAGGAGAGUAGCCUCAAGGUUCACGUGGCCAACCCCUUCUACGCCGCGUUCGGUGCUUACAUGGCCCCAUUGCUGGCCAAGAAACUGGAGAUCCGUCAGUUCAAUGAGCUGGACACAAGCCGCCUUUGA